CCCCAUUGGCCACUUCUACUCUUGUCGCUCCGCCCAGGUGUCAGUGGCGCUGGUGUGUGCCCGGGGCCGGCAGAAAGUGCUCGGGGCAGAGGGGGAACGAGCCGGAACCGUUGGCAUUGUGUACCCGCAGGUAUCCCGCGAUCACUGGGGGAGGGACGACUCGUAGUGACAGGGGUGUGAGCCCCGGGAAUGAUGCUGGUGCUGUGCCACUCACCUGCCGCCCGACUACCCGGACUCUAGAGAGCUGCGUGUAUCCGAACAGUGCUCAGGAUGGCUGCCAGAUCCCGCAGUGAGGAUGAAGAUGAGGACCAAUGUGCAGACCGUGAUUAUGAGAUUCCAGUACAGAAGGGGCAAAAGAAAAUCUGGAAUAGAGUGAAGUGGACCAAGGAGGAGGAUGACAAAUUAAAGAAGCUAGUUGAAGUGCAUGGGACUGAUAACUGGAGUUUGCUCGCAUGCAAUUUCCUGAACCGGUCAGAUAUUCAGUGUCAGCAUCGAUGGCAGAAAGUUUUAAAUCCUGAACUAAUAAAGGGCCCUUGGACCAAGGAAGAAGACCAAAGGGUGAUAGAAUUAGUUCAUAAAUAUGGACCGAAAAAAUGGUCUCUCAUUGCUAAGCACUUAAAAGGAAGAAUUGGGAAACAGUGCAGAGAAAGGUGGCACAAUCAUUUGAAUCCCGAGGUGAAGAAGUCUUCCUGGACAGAAGAGGAGGACCGUGUCAUUUAUGAGGCUCAUAAAAGGCUUGGAAACCGUUGGGCAGAAAUUGCUAAGCUACUUCCAGGGAGAACCGAUAACUCCAUAAAGAACCAUUGGAAUUCCACUAUGAAAAGGAAAGUGGAACAGGAGGGAUAUUUGCAACAGUCAAAGGAGUGUGAUCGGAGCUCUAAAGCAAAUCUCCAACCUUGUGAAACACUUCAUAUACAGAUUCAGAACCAGUACUAUAUACCAGCACAAUCUCAGGUUCCAGGAUAUCAUUAUAUGUCUGUUGAUGACAGCUGCAUAGAAAAUGUUCAGAAUUCUUUUGCCUUUAUUCAGCAGCCCUUUGUUGAUGCCGAUGAUCCCGAUAAAGAAAAACGGAUAAAGGAGCUUGAAUUGCUGCUAAUGUCAGCCGAGCAUGAAGUCAGAAGAAAGAGUUUGUCAUCUACUGGAAGUUCAUCAAAUUGGUCUGACACUUUCCUUACGGAUGAUACAUUUUCUAAUACAUUAAACAGUCUAGAGGAGCAAACCAGUGAGUUCUACAGUAUGGAGGAUCCUAAGAGUCUAUCUUGUGAGCUGGUCUCUCCAAAUAAACUUGUUGUCCUGGAACCCAAUCCUGUAAUGGCAACCUUAGAUGUAAUCCCAGAGUUCUCUGAAACGCUAGAUCUGAUUGAACCGGAUCCUACACCAUGGGGUGCAAUCACGAACGUUGAGGCAUCCAUUAACAUUACUUCUGCCAAACGGACUCCAGUAAAAAUGGUUUGGGUUUUGCAGGAGUCCUCACAGGAUUGUAGCUCUGAAUUUAUUGACGUGGAGACUGUUUCUGAGGACAGCAAAGUGUUAUCAACAUCCACCUUUGCAUCAAAGUAUACCACAUCUCCAUCUAUUCUAAAGAAAAAGGAUCAGCAGAGAUUGCCUGGUUCAAAAAGAAAUGAAGUCUAUGAGGCCAACAAUACCAUGCUGAAAAACACCCCAGUAAAAUCCCUCCCAUUUUCCCCAUCACAGUUUUUUAAUGUCUGCCCGGGCAACGUACAGGAACAAAUAAAUCUUGAAAAUCCUGCUUUUACUUCUACUCCAAUUUGUGUCCAAAAGUAUCUAACUACUCCUCUGAGGAAAGAGAUGACCUCUGCAGAGGAAAAAGAAAAUCUUGGAUUUCGAACACCAACUGUACGAAGGUCUUUGCUGAGCACAACUCCCAGAACACCAACACCUUUUAAAAAUGCUCUUGCUGCCCAGGAGAAAAAAUACGGUCCAUUAAAAGUUACGUCACAGCCUUUUGCCUAUCUCGAAGAGGAUAUUCGAGAGGUACUCAAGCAAGAGACUGGAACAGAUAUCUUCAUUAAAGAUGAAGAUGACAUGAACUUUAAAGUGGAAAAAGGGCAUAUUUCUGCCUUCAAAAGAGUCAGAAAGUCGUUAAUUCUCGAUGGCUGGGAAAAAGAGGAGCAGGCUGUUGAGCGCUUAUCAGAAGAUGGGGUUUCUAAUGUAAAGAAUGUAAACCAUGGAAUGACUGAAGAGAAACCUACUACAUCAGCAUUAAUGACUCCACUGUCUACGUCUACGUGGGAAGACUGGAACUGCAAUGGUAGAACUAAAAAGCACAGAACAGGUUUAGGGCCUAGAAAAAAGACACCUCCUGACUAUAGAAACAUGAAGCUGGAAAAGUCCCCACAGUCACUCGGUGAAUGGGAAGCAGUUGUGUUCGGAAAGACUGAAGACCAGUUAAUCAUGACCGAGCAGGCAAGACGAUAUCUUGAUAGCCACAAGUCAUCCAGCAGCUCUUCACCCAGGCCUCUAUUAUUAUGAAUGUGGGAUCUUUUUAACUGGUUAAUCCAGUUGCCUCUUAUACAUGCACUAAGAUAAGACUCUUUAGAACUGUUGUUACAGUAAUGCUUUGUUUUACAGUCCUACAUUAUGCAUGAAACUAGCAAAUAUUUGGCAAUUUAACCAAGGCACAAUACACGCUUCUUUAGCUUUGCUGAAGAAUAUUUAUGAGACAACGGCAGCCUUUUUUCCCAGCCUGGUACU